GAAAAAAAAGGGAAUGUAUAAAUAUAAUUUAGUCUAAAUGAAAUGGUACUUUCUAUGAUGAACACCAAAUUAAAAUAAAAUUAUUGUAAUGUUAGUAAAACCUUUUUAGCACUAUAGUUGUGGAUGGUGGAGGCAUAUCUAAUUUAACUGAAAUAUCUUUUGUCUCUGAUACAUUUGUUUCUAUGGUUGAUGAUUGUUCAGUCAUCUUUAAUGAAGGUGUAUUUUAUUACACCGCUAAUUGAUUAACUCGACUGUGCAUAUAAAUUAAUAACUACUUAUAAUUAUUAGAUUUAUAAAUGACAAAAGUUUUAUUUAUUUUUUAAUUAAAAAAAAAACAAUUUAUAAUGUUAAUUAUUAAACUCGUACUUUUCUGGUUCCGGAACACUUAUUUAAACAUCACACAGACUAGGAAAAUUAUUGUACAAUUCACCAUAGACACAACUAUAUUUUGUAUCUAGGUAUAUACAAAAUUCUCAUUAGCGUGACAUUCAUCAGUGAACUCUAAAUUUGUAUGAAAAUGAUAGUUCGUGUCCACAAUUAAUUUUCAAACAAAUUUAAAUUUUCUAAAUACACUACUGUUAAGGCACCUUGACUAAGACCCAGUUGUUGGAAGUUGUCAGUUAUCACUGUCAUCUUCUGUCAUAAUGAAUAACAUAGCAAUAAACAUUUACCAAGCGCGUGCUGUCAAAUUUCAUGCGUUUUUUUAACCGUGAGUUGUGGUUGUUGUUAUUUUAAUUAAUAAAUUAUAACUUAUGUUUCUAUGUUAUUCACACAAUAAUAUAGUUUAAUCAAUAUAUGGAUUAUAUUUGCAACCUAGUUCGCUGCCUACGUAUUUUUAAAUAAUAAUUCGCGCGAAUUUACUGAAAUUCUGUGGCACUGAGAAUAUGCGGGAACAAAAAUGGGUAAAAAUAAGAUGAUAGCAAAGAGCUGUCCGAAAUGUGAAAUGCAGGUAGCUGUGGCAUCAAAAUCUUGCAAAUGUGGCCACACAUUCUUUGCAUCACGCCGUGGAGCGGAUACGCUCCCGCCAGUUGACGAUAUAAGAAGGCGUACUGGUAGGGUAAAAAGAGCUCAGCCACAGUUUUAUGAUGCACAGGAUUAUCAAAAGCAGAAAAGGAAGUCUCCAAAGAAAAGAUCUCUUGAUGAUGAUGAUUAUAAGAAGGACAAAACUGAAUCCGGUGAGUCUACAGCAAGGGCUAGACGUCGCAGGGCCUUACGUAGGGCUACAAAGCGUGUGCCACAACAAUCUGAACGUACUAGGGACCCUACUCCACAGUUAAGGCCUGCUCAAAUUGCAAGAUGUCAGCUCAUAUUAUCAGAGAUUAAUAGAAAAAUGAAAGCUGUUACAUGGCAACCACCAUCAGAUUAAAUAUGAAAAACAAUUUUUUACUAUUAGGGUUACUAUAUGCUAUAAAGCAAACAAAAGCAUUUGGUGAAAGCAUACCAAAUGUGAACACCAUACUAUUUUUAUAGUAAAGUACUGCUUAUAGUAUCUUUUGCAAAGUAUUUUGUCAUAACGGAUUUUGACAAUUGAAAGUCAUAGUAAUAUUUAACACAGAUCUUUAAAACACCUGCCUGUUUGUUUCAAUAUUAUAAGUUUGUAUUGAUUGUUUGAAGCAUUAACAAAGUUUUUAAGAUCUUCUGUGUCUACCUUAAAGCAAAUUUUACUUAAAAUGCAAUCUAGACAUUCUUCUGUCCUAUUUUUUUAAGGGCUUUAUUUCUAUCACUAUCUCUUUAUCUAAACAUUAUUAUGGUCCUGUGACCAUUCAUAUAAUACUGAGAUUAUCCUAUAAAAACGUCAACUCUGUGAGUAAAUAAAUGUAUAGAAGUAAUUUACAAAAAAUGUAAAUAGUUAUAUUUGUAAAUAUUUAAGCAAACUUGAUUGAAUGUAAAUAAAUAUAUAUAUAGGUGUCUCAGUAAGAGCGCAUUUUUUAAAAUCUGAAUAUAUUUUUUUUAUCAUGCAAGUUGCAACUCUGAAAUUUGACAGAUGUCAACUCUGAUUAUUAAAAAUGCAGCGCUUUACGAAAGAACAACGCGUUAUAAUUGUGAAAAAUUAUUACAAAAAUGGGAAACGCUGAAACCGCUCGCAAACUUAGCCAAUUUUUCAGCCGAGAAAGAUCACCAAAUGUGUCAACCAUUCGUAGAGUGGUCGAAAAUUUUUAAGAAAAUGGAUUAAUUAUGGAUAAUUAGAAUCCCUUGCGUCAACUUGAAAACAUUGCUGCUGUAAGCGAGUGUGUCGCCGAAAACCCGAAAACAUCAAUUCGACAUCCUUCUCAAUAAGUUCAAAUUUCACGAAGCACUACGCAGCGAAUUUUGACUAAAGACCUUCACUUUCAUGCGUACAAGAUUCAGUUAACUCAGGAGCUCAAACCAGCAGUGAAUUAUUCGCAUAAACCCGAAACAAUUACGAACAAAUCGGAAAUCCAACGCAUCAUCGCCACAUCUCUGUGCAAAAGUCAUGGAAAAUUUCAUGAAAAGCGUAAUGGCCUAUCAUUGAAGCCGUAGGCGUCAUUUGCCGAAUAUUUUAUUCCAUACUUAAUCGGAACAUGUCUUCUUUACAAUACACUAAAAAUAUCACAACUCUGUCAUAAAAUAAUUGUUUUUAUUUUAAAAUGAAAAAGUGCACUCUUACUGAGACACCUUUUAUAAAGAA